AUGAACCUUGAUGAUCAACGUACAAAUCGAGUUCUUGCGAUCUCGUCAUUAGUAUUCAUUUUAAAUAUAAUAUUUAGUAUUCCAUGCAAUGGUUGGCAUCAAACAUUAACGUUUACUCAAAAAUUAACGUAUGAAACGACUAGUCAAAUGUCUGUUGUAACAUCUGAAAUGAAAUUUUUCAUGUGGUAUAAUUCCUAUGCGAUUUAUGGUGCACGCGAAACACUUCUUUUACUCAAACCUGUGUUAAACACUUCUUCGAUCGAAGUCUUUUUAUACAAUUGGUCCAUUGAUGCCGGAACAAUGGAAGAAUGUCGACAAGAAUGGAAUUCAAAAGAAAAAUGUUAUAAUGAUGUUGUACAUGUUCGAAUUUUGCCUAAUCGUAAAACAAUGGAUGUUUAUUGCACUUAUGCUCAUCGACCCAUGGUUCGUUCGUUUGAUCUUCGUUCAAUGUCAUUCAUAGACGAACACAUCCUCAUCCGUGAUCCGCAUCCUCCGAUGGAUUCCGAACGUUCCUAUGUUAUGUUAACUUUCAACAAAAGUCUAGUAACGGCUGGUUAUCAAGGUGAUUAUAUUCCAACUAUACGAGCUACGCAAGGAAAAACACUACUUUAUGCAUUAAGACAAAAUUCACAUUUUGUCAGCGGCUUUAAAUAUGAUGGAAAAGCUGUUUUUGGCGUGAUUGAAACUUCGGAACGAAUCGAUACGAAUCGUGUAUCUCGAUUGGUGAUGGCCUGUGCCAAUCGAACUGAAAUAAUUCGUAAAGCUACACUUAAUUGUUCAACAAAUAUAUUCGAACCAUCACGAUCAUUUGUCUUUCAUAUUUUAACUGCUCUAAUCGAUCCAAUUCAUACAGCGAAUGGUUCAGUCCUACUCUUUGCUACUUUUACAACAAAUAAUUCAUCGAUAACUGCUUCAGCUGUUUGUUUAUUCAUGCUUGAUAAACAAUUUUAUGAUGUAUUUACUGGACCAUCGAUAAAAAAUAGUCGAACAAGUGAAAUGAAUGAAUUAAUUUUUAAUUGUUCACAAUCGAUACCAUCCACGAUCGAUCGAGAUAUGGUGGAAUCGGAUAGACAAUUUUUACCCUAUUUAUCGAGUCCAUUACUUAUAGAAUCAAUGUCAAAUCAUAUAUUUACAGCCAUCAGUGUUAUUCAAUACAAAUCUGAUUUGUAUUGUUUAAUUAUUGGAACUAGUAGUGGUCGUUUAUUUACGGCAUUUACUGAUGUAACAUUUAAAACGAAUAUAUUCGAAGAAUUAACAUUAUCAAUGAACGUGAGUUAUUCAAUAAAAUCGAUUACAUAUAAAAAAGUUAGUAAUAAUUCUUACGCAAUUUUUGUAACAAAUCAAGUCGGAUAUUCGAUUAUUAAGCUCACAUCAUGUCAAGAUAAUGAUUCAAAACUUUGCUUCGAAUGCUGGAUGCACGAUUGUUCCAUAAGAAAAACUAGUUCAACCGACCGUCAAUGUUCUCAUGAAGAUCAUUUUAGGCCUAAUGCAAACAAUCAUACAGAUAUGUUGACUUUAGAAAGCGAUUCAUCAUUAAACAAUCAAACUUUAGACGAAAAAUCAAAAAUGAAAUUAUUAUUUUAUAUUGUGAUGCCAUUGUCAUCUGUUGUUUUUAUUCUAUCGAUAUUAAUUAUUGUUCUAUUGACAAAAUCAAAUCAUAAACUAAAAAAAGGACAAUUCUAUCCGACUGCUUGUCGUAAAACACAAGAUUCAUCAUCGGCACAUGUUUUUCCACACACAUACACCAAUAAUGUUAUGUAUCGAACAAAUCGACAAUUCGUUUCCGAAAGAAAAAAUCAUCAACAUGUAUUUCCUAUUAAAUCGAAUUUAUGUAUACGUCGAAUUUCGUCAACUCCUGUUUAUUCAACAGUAUCGUCACAAAGUCUACCUUCAUUACUCUAUGAUGUGCCAUCGGAUAAACUCCAAGAUCUUUCAGUUCAUCGUCUUUACAAAACCUAUGUAUGA